AUGAGAACGAAAAAAAAUGAUAUACAUAUAUUUCCGAAAAAAGAAAAUCGAAGAACUAAACAAACAUUAGAUAUUGAACAUCCAUCUACAAAUUCACCUGGUUCAGUACCAAAACGAUAUCAAAGUGUAUUUAAUAAAGGUACACCAUUAACAUCAUUUGGUGUUAAACAUGAUGAGAAUUAUUUACGAUCACAUUCUCCAUCGAAUCAUAUUCAAUCAAAAACGCAUCAACGAUCAUUUAAACCUGUUAAAGAAUUCCUUAGCACACAUCAACUAGUCAAUUCACAAUUAGACGGUCGUCGACAAUCAUCUUCUCAUACAAAUAAUUUUACUCGUUCACAAACAGAAGCAACAAUACAAAAUGUAAAUAUUGCCUUGACACGAACAUUUAAUAAACUACGUCAAGAACCAUUACAUUCUGAUGUAACAAAUGCUCGUUCAUCAACAAUCUAUACUGAACCAUCAUCUUCUCGUCCUGUUACAACAUAUCAAAAUACUGGUACAACAACAUCUUCAAAUUACUAUUAUCAACUUCCUAGUGAUAAAAAUAGACCUUUACCACCUGAACUUACAACAAGACGACCGACAAAAAUAUUUCUCUCAAAUGUUUUACCACCGAAUAAUUCAUCGAAUCGAACUUCAACUGGAACUAGUCUACCCGUUGUACAUCGAUCAACGACAACACUAAAUGAAGUAAAAACGAAUGAACAUACAAAUAUUCGUUCGAGAACACCAUUACGUACUUCAUCAAAAAAUCAUGGUACUGACUUGAAUGAACUCGAUAAAUUCAAUUUUAAUAAUGUUGCACUCGAUGAACAUCCUAAAAAAUCAAAAACUGAUAAAACUGAUAUCAAUCAUCAAAAAGUAAAAUCUCGUCAACAAUCACCAGCUCCACCAUAUGCACCACCUAUUGACAAACGAUAUCGAACAUUAACAGAAGUAAGUGUACAUCCACAAAUGCAAAGUACUGUACAACAGAAUACUGAUCAAUUACCGAAUAUAUCUGAACCAAUUGUAACUGGUGAAAUAUAUACAAAUCAUCAUCGUAUACAAGUUGAACCAACCAAUGAAGUCAAACGAAUAACAUCACCAUCACCAAUAAAAUCUCAACAAAUUAUUGAUCUACAACCAAAUAUUACUGUUCAAUAUCAACGAAUAAAUUCACCGAUAAUAAAAGAUCCUCUUAAUGAAGCUUAUAUAGAUCGAGAUCAUAUUCAUACACAAUUAUUAACUGUUGAAAGGACACAUAAGAAUGAUAAUGAUAAUAUAUCGGCAUCUAAACAACAAGAUUUGAUGUAUAAUCCACCAAUUUUAUCUGCACCACCAUCAUCACCAUCAAAUCCUAUGUGGAAGAAAUCGCGAAAUAAAAAUUCAAUUCGAACAGGUACCGGAACUUUAGUUACACGUAAAAAUACUAAAAAUCAUCGACCUUCUGGUCGAUUGAAAAACUAUGGUGAUGAUUCAGAUUCAGAAAUAACUGUCACUGAAACUCAAAGUAAAGAAUAUGAUAUAGCACAUCAAAAUGAUCUUUUACCAAGUGAUGCUACAAGUGAUGUAUGGUCUGAUUUAACAAGUGAAUUUAGUGAUAUUAAAUUACGUAGAUAUGCAAAUAUUCGUACAUCAACACCAAAUAUAACACAAAGUUCAAGUUUAAGUUCAAAAGAAUUUGGACAAAUGAGAAAACAAUUGAAUAAUCUUCAAACCAUGUAUAAUGAUUUAUUAAAAUUAUUUGAGAAUGAUAUUGAAACAAUAAAAACUAGUACAAAAUCUAAUACACCUUCUGAAACUGAACAUAAUGGACGAAAACAUCGUUUUCGAAAAGUAAUGCCUGUUAUAGUACAGCGUCAGUCUAAUAUUGAUAUAAAAGAAAUUAAUCAACGUUUCACUAGACUUGAAUCAUCAAUAAUAACAUUAGCAGAAUCAAUCGCGAAAUUAUCUACACAAGUUCAAAUGCAACGUGUUAUUAAAGAUGAUCUCUCUCGUUUACAUGAAGAGAUUGCUGAACUUCGUCAACAAUUAUCUCAACAAAAAUCUUCGAUACCUACAAAUGUACAAAUAUCACACUUAAUAACAGCUAAUAUUCAACAUCUUGCUGCUAUUAAUAAUAUAAAUCCCAUAAAUAUUUCUACAUCUUAUCAACCUUCAAAUUCAAUUAUUCAUCCAAGACAAGCACGAAAAAUUGAACAAGAAGAAAUGCUUCGUUAUUUUCUUAGUUUAUUACAUUAUGAUGAAUAUAGCUCAAUACUUGAACAAGAAAAAAUCGAUUUCUGUGAAUUACCAUUUAUAGAUGAAAGAAAAUUACAAGGUCUCGGUAUACCAUAUGGCCCUUCUAUUCGAAUUAUCCAUGAGGCACAACAAUAUUUUACAUCACUUUUAACAUUAAAAUCGAAUGGAAUUUAUGUGUAA